UCGCCCCGCCCCCGCUCGGCCCAGCCCCUACCCUACGCCUGUCCGCACUGGGCUCCGCACCGGCUCCGCACCAGCCCCGCGCACAGAGAGAGCACCUUCUCCGCACCAGGGAAGCCCCACCCACCGGAAGCCAAGAUGUCCAGUAAGCGGGCUAAGGCCAAGACCACCAAGAAGCGGCCACAGCGGGCCACGUCCAAUGUCUUCGCAAUGUUCGACCAGUCCCAGAUCCAGGAGUUUAAGGAGGCCUUCAACAUGAUCGACCAGAACCGAGAUGGCUUCAUUGACAAGGAGGAUUUGCACGACAUGCUGGCCUCGCUGGGGAAGAACCCCACGGACGAGUACCUGGAGGGCAUGAUGAGCGAGGCCCCUGGGCCCAUCAACUUCACCAUGUUCCUGACCAUGUUUGGGGAGAAGCUGAACGGCACGGACCCGGAGGACGUGAUCCGCAACGCCUUCGCCUGCUUCGACGAGGAGGCCUCAGGUUUCAUCCACGAGGACCACCUUCGAGAGCUGCUCACCACCAUGGGCGACCGCUUCACAGACGAGGAAGUGGACGAGAUGUACCGCGAGGCCCCCAUUGACAAGAAAGGCAACUUCAACUAUGUGGAGUUCACCCGUAUCCUCAAACACGGUGCCAAGGACAAAGAUGACUAGGCCCCGUGCCCAGGCCCCCGUCCCCGUCACCUGCUCCCCCCACACACAGUCUGCACCUGCUCCACGCCCACAGGGCUCCCUCAGGGGGGCCUCCCUCUGAGGGGUUAAGGGCCAGGCUCCCACUGGGGGAAACAGGCCGAGAGAGAGCAGAGCCAGGCCCGGUCACGCAGCCAGUGUAAGGCAGGCGUGCCCACUGCGACCCUCCAAGUAAAGGUCAUCCAGAGGCUGGGCGGGGGCGAAGGGAAGGCCCCACGGGAGAGCCCAGGCCGCAGCUGCUGCCUACCAGGAGUGGGCCGUCCCCACAGGAAGGGCCCAGGUCCUGCCCUGGGGCACCACGUCACCCCAUGCGGGGCAUGAAAGCCCUUUCCUAGCCACUGCCACAAACACACAAACCUCACCACCGUCCCUCCUCAGAGGACAGGAUGACAGAGCCCUCCCCUGAGCCCUGCCCCCACCCCACCGGGAAGGUCCGGAGGGUGGAGCUUGUCCCAGGAGGCGGAGUUCCUAAUACAUGGCUGAGCACUG